UGGUGACGUGGAGGCCUUCAUGGCGAGCGGCGUGAGGUUCGACGUGGUGAACGAGAACGAGCUGAUCAUCGAGAGCUGCGCGGAGAACGGCGAAGGGAACCCCGCCUCGAGGAAGGGCUUCUACCGCCGGUUCCUCUUCCCGAGCCUCGUCAGCGUUGAUACUGUGCGAUCUGUGUUGUCCCGCGACGGCAUCCUCACCAUCACCGUAGCUAAGAAGGUAACAUCUGACUUAAGCAUUGGAGACAUUUCAUAGUUUAAGAAAAUGGAUUGAACACAAAUGCAAAAUUAGAAGCCUCGUUUCGAGUGCGCUGAACACUCAAGACGCCGGCGAAUGGACUCGCCGGAGAUGGAAAAGACCUCCUGAGGAAGAAGACCUUGGGAAAAUCCUCACGAGAAAAGGCUUUUGUGAUAAUCUUCGCCAGGAAUUCUUGUCGAUGUUAUUCUCAGGAACGUUCUUUACUUAUGGCCAAAACACCAGACUGGAAGGUGCCGGAUUUUUUGCAGGUGCGAUGAUGCAAUAUCUGAACAAGUGCGGAUGCGCGAUAAUUGCGCCUCCUAAGUGCGCAAAGCCGGCCAGAUUCAUGUCACGUGCGAUUCAGCUAAAAGUUUAAUCUAAUUGCGCUGAUUACGAAAGGCGAUUAUCAAGUCCAGUCCUCGGUUACAAAUGCGCAUGAUAACGAAUGCUGACAGACAUGUAAGGACUGAGACAUCCUUACCAGACUGGCCAGAGAAUGACUGAACUGCACAGCUUUUCAUACAGAAAGACUAGAAUGCAGAUCUGCGCAAUUCACUCCAGAAUUUCAUGUUUUAUUAAAUGUCUUAAUAGGAAAGACAAGCUUGUACUAGAUUCGCUUCGGGUUGGUGGAAUUCUGGGAUGAGGAAACACGUCCACACCAGAAUAAUCACAGCAAGACAGAUUUCCGCGAUGGCUGUUGUAAAGAUAUUCUUACCACACUGCCUGUAAGACUUCAUUUCCAUUCAAUGAUGGCGUUCUAUAAUAAAAUCAACAUGAUAUACCUGA